UGCAUUCAUAAACGUACAUAUUAUAUAUACUGUUGAAACUGGCAAAGUUUGUAAUUUCAGAUUUUGAUUAAUAAAAGUGAAGAAAAUAACGAUAAAUAUAAGAAAUUCACACAGAAAUGAAUGAAACAACCCUGCCUCCUUCACCAAACUGGUACCUCAGUAAUAUCCUUGCUUGUUCUUUUAAUGGAACCAUUGCAUGGGGUGCUAGAAAUACAAUUGUUAUUAUUAAGCCUGAUGAAAAUGAAAAGGCCUUACAAUAUUCUAUUAUUAAACAUGCUCACAAAACUAAAGUGACUUGCCUUGCUUUUACUACUCAGUUUGAGGAAGUAGAUGCUCAUUUAAUAGCUUCUACAGGAGAUGACAAUGUCAUUAAAAUAUGGAAUUCAAACACAUUGUCUAUAGUUUCUACUUAUCUUUUAAAAUCUGAUACACAAGCAAUUGGUGUAGAUUGGUCGUACAAAGACCCGUAUGUUACAUACUCAGCAAGUUCUGAUGGUUGCGUAUUAUCAUGGAACAGUUAUUUUGAUACUGUUUCUAUAAUUUCAUUAGGAAAAGUAACACCUACUUGUCUGUCUUCUUGUCCACAUGAUCCACACCUUGCAGCUAUAGGUUCUAAAAGUGGUUUGGUUUACAUCAUUAGUUUCCAAGGGAAGGGAAAGGUAAUUUACAAACUGAGAGGCCAUGAUGAAGAAAUAGUUAGUCUAUCGUGGUGCCCUGUAGAAAAUAAUGUUAUAAGUGGAAAUUCGAAUAGAGAUUUACUGUUAGCUUCAGGGGGAAAAGACAGGUCAGUUUUUAUCUGGAAAGCUGGUGGAGAUGGACGUUAUGAAAUGAAAAUUUCACUACCUAUGUCGCCCCUUGAUUCUCAUCACCACAGAAGUAAAUCAAAUUCAUCUGUAGGUAAUUGGACUGUAGUUCAUUGGAUAGAGCCUAAACUAUUACUUACAAAUUCAAACUGGGGUGAAUUAAUUUCUUGGGACUUAUCAACGAUAUCCAAGCACAAACCUCUCUGCAAGUUAAUACAUGCACGUCAUGGCACAGGAUUAUUUUCUAUUGCACGCAUGCCGAUUGUUGAGGAAAAUUUAGUAGAGAAUUGGAGGACGAAACGCAGGCAUAUAAUUUGGACUGUGGCACAGGAUCGCAGAGUUAUUUGUUGUAACAUAAACGAAAAUAAUGUUGAAAUAAUGCAUGAUAUUUACACACAAGGUGGCUAUGUUUACUGCAUUGCUGCUUGCCCUUUAGACACUUCGCGUGUUGCAUUCGGAGCUGGAGAUGCAAUGUUACGAUUAUGGAAUUUGUCCGAAACACAUAGUACUACUUUUGAUAUUACCGCUUUCUGGCAAAAAAUUAAAGGAAAAAUUCGCGCGAUAUCAUGGCAUCCUGAAAAGGAAAAUUUAUUAGCAUAUGCAACUGAAGAAGGACGAAUUGGAAUGUUUAACACAAAUAGUAACAAACCUCCCACUUUGUUGAGACAGUAUCAUAGAAAUGUAGUGUAUUCUAUUGGUUGGGGAGCAAAUCCAGAUAAUAAACAGCAUGUUUUAUAUUCAUGUGCGGAAGGAGAGCUUGUAUAUUAUGAUGUAGAAAAGCCAAAUCAAGAACCUAUGUCUGUGUUAAAAAAGGAAUGUACAGAAUUUUCUUGGAAGCCAGAUUUGUCUUGCUUGGCUGUAGGAUUUGAAAAUGGAUUAAUUUCGUUUCUUAAUCGCAAAUUUGAAACGUUUGGGACUACUAAAUUUUCUUCAAAUAUGCUACACUGCUUAGUGUGGCAUCCCGAUAGUACUACAACAGAUUUGACAUUUUCUCCUUUGAAAAAUUAUCUAGCCGCUGCUUUUGAGUCAUCUACAAUAGUUAUCUUUGACUUGUCUAAUUUAAUGGAUCAUUUUACAAAAUUGCAAGAGUCAAGUGAUAAUGAUCAAGUAAACACUGAUACUUAUAAAGUGAACGAAGUUGUAUGUACUCUAACUGGACACACUAAAAAUGUUGUUUGUUUGGCAUGGAGUCCAUACAUUAGUGGAUAUUUGAUAUCUGGUAGCUACGAUGGAACUGCACAGGUAUGGAAUGUUGAAACACAAGAAUUAAUAGCUACUUACAAAGGGCACGGUGGACCAGUACUGUGUUGUAUGUGGAGUCCACUAAGCUCUAAUUUUAUUAUAACAGGCUCUGCAGAUUUUACAGUACGAAUAUGGAAAAUUGAUCAUAAUUUGCCACAAGAGCCGGUGCAACAAAAAACGUCGAAGAAAAGUGAAAAGAAACACGAGAAAGUAAAUAAAGUUACUAAUGUUUCAGUUCAAGAUAGCUUAACAAAUUUAACGAAUGCUGUGUCAGAAUGUUCAAUUUCAGAUACUUCCCAAACAGUACAAAAAUCAAAGAUAGUGGUAGUAAAAGAAGUAAAAAGAAAAAAAUCUGAACGAACGGCAUACUUUACGAAAAAUAUUAAUACAAUGAGUAACAAAACGCUUUUGCUUGAUUCUCUUCUAAACAUUGUGAAGAAUAUGAAAGGCGGACAAAAUCAGAAUGUUGAAGAAAAUCAGAAAGACGAUUCUUAUUACAUGAUACCGUUAUUAUUUUCAACGCAAGAAGAUUUUCUGCCAUUUUUGAAUAGUGAAAAACAGGGUCACGUUGAAAAAAACAGAUACGACCUAGUCACACAAAUGGACAUGUGGUCUGAUAAUCUUAAGCAAAACUUGGAAGAAGCUGCUAAAGAAAAACGUGUCAAUGACUAUUUGGUUUCACUUUCGGCUAGUCUUUCCAUGAAAACUUGGAGGGAAAUGUGUGAACUAUAUGCACAUCAAUUGAUAACUGAAGGCAACCCUUAUAAAGCAGUAUCGUAUUUACUCUGUAUUCAUAAAACGUAUAAAGCCGUAGAAGUAUUUCAAGAUGCAAAUUUAUAUAAGGAAGCAUACGCUCUUGGAAGAUGUAAACUUGAAACCGAUGAUCCAGUUCUAACAAACGUGUUGAGAAAUUGGGCAAAAUAUAGUGUAAAUGUAGGUAAUUUUGAAGAUGCAGCUUUCAUUUAUGCCAAAUUAGGAGACUUUCCAGAAAUGAUUAAGUAUCUCACACGACGGAAAGAUACGGCCACGUUAAUAACUGCGGCUGAAAUUGCGCUCAUAUGCGAUGAUGAUACUUUGAGUAAAUCUGUAGCAAAACAAGCAAUAAAUGCAGCUUUGGAAAAUUCAGAGUACGAUGUAGCUCGAAAUAUAAUUACAAAAUUUCCGCAUCUCAAGUAUCAAGAAACACAUUUAUUAGUUCUUGAGGAACUCGAGAAAAUAAUUGGGAAAAAUGUGCAUUUUGACAUGAUUCAAACUUGGCUAGAUGGAAAAUCGAAUUAUGGAUUAUUGCAAGCUUUAGAAACUGUUUGCGGAGACUGUAGUUGUUACUAUACCGAUUUAUCUCAAAAUCGGUUCCUUAAUACUUUGACAAAUGAGAAAAUGUUAUGGUUGGCAGUUAGCCAUGAACUUGCGGUUGCAGUAGCUUCUAUUGAAAAAGAACAAAAAUUAAAACACAUUGUUACUGCAUUAUAUACUAUUGCUCAAUUUGAGACAUUAAAUCGGAAAAAUUUCGAAAAUCAGUAUAGUUUUUUGACUGAAAUUGUUAUAAAGUUAGAUGCUAAAAAUCUAAUAGACGAAGAAAGUAUUUAUGCAAAAACCAGUUAUCCUGUAUCAGCUAGUAUGCGAGCUUACUUAUGUUACGCUCUUUUAAAUUGGCUCGUAUACCAUAUAGACGAAGAAAUUCUUAACAGUAAUGUACAGAUUUAUAUCAAUUUGAUAGAAGAUUUACUUGAAGAUGCAUUAAACAAGCAAGCAGUGAAACAAUGGUCAAUACAAUGCGAAAUUAGUAAACUAGAAAAUCAAAUAACUUCAAUUUUAGAUAAAGCACCAGAUGAAGAUAAAGGUAAUGAAGAUACAAAAUCGAUGAUGGAAGAAUUAAAUGCGCUGAAAACUGAAAAGAAACAACUUUUAAGUGAACUGGUUUAUGUGCCAAAUCCUGUUAUGACUUACAGUAAAGCAUAUGAAUUAUACUGCAAAUUAUUGGAUGAAACUCUUAAAGUUAAAUUUUUCGACAUUCUUUCAAAGUCAUGGACAAAUGCUACCUCAUAAGUGAAAUAUUAAACAAUUAUCAAAUUCAUAACGAAGUUAUAUCUUUCCAUUUUUUUUAACAGACUUUAAAUUAAUUUUUUUUACUAGAACAAAGUUCUGAUUAAGAUAGUGCUUAAGUAUGAAUUAAUUAAGGAAAAACAAUGUUUAUUAUAUUUAUUA